CCUGGAGGCUGGGGAGGGGCUGGCGGGGUGGGAAAGGCUCAGAGGGGUUUGAGGGAGGUUCUGCCCCUCGCUUUGUGGGUCUCCCGCCUCCCCCGGGCUGGCGGAGCAGGCGCGGAGGGGGACGGCUGCGGCCCAGGGGAGGAGGAAAGAGAAAGAGUGUCUGCAGCUGAAGUUAGUCAGAGAAGACACGGUCAUUAUUGAGGGGAGACGGAGCAACGCUUUAGUUUUCUUCACGUGAGUCUCUCCUCUCCCUGGAGGGCUUUGGUUUUAUAAUUCGAGGAGGAAUUUCAGCAGACUCGAGCUGAGUAUCAUGUCUGUCUAAACACACAACGUGCUGCCUUUGACGUUUUCUUUUGCAGACGGGGCUCAGCUGGAACCAGCUCUCUUCUUCAUCCUCACGGUAAACACCGCCGGGCGGGAUUAAGGCCGAUAGCAGCCUGAGCGGCCCUGAUAAGCGGCAAGUCCUGUCCCCUUUGCUCAGAUGACUUAAAACAUCUGGUGUGUUGACAACUGAUCUACCAGUCAUGAAACGAAUUCUUCUGUUUUUUAUCCUGGCUGCUGCUGUUAUGUAUGGUAUACUGCAUGGAAAUCUGUGGAGAAAUAACCUCUACUGGAUUAGCUUUUAUGGACAGACUUCCUCUGUGAGGGCUUCUCCUUCCUAUGAGACUAGUGGAGUUACUCAGCUGCCACCUACGGCUGUGGAGAGAAGGAACGCGCUGGACACUUGUCUCCUGAAACCAGCAUUUGAAUCUUUACUGGGUGUUGACAAAAUAUACCCGUUCCUGUGUGCUAAUGAUUUUAUCAGAGUGGCGGAGUUCCACGGGAGUGAUAAGUUUGAACUACCUUAUGGAAUAAAGAGAGCAGAGCAAUUCUUUCGUUUAGCCCUUUCAAGACUGCAGAACUGUGGACUUUUCAAUGAAGAUGACAGCAUUGCCUGUCACCGCUGUGUUGUGGUCGGUAAUGGAGGAGUACUUCGAAAUAAGACAUUAGGGGAGAAAAUUGACUCAUAUGACGUGAUAAUCAGAAUGAAUAAUGGCCCUGUUAUAGGGUAUGAAGAUGACGUUGGGAGGAGGACGACUUUCCGCCUUUCUUACCCGGAAUCCAUCUUCUCAGAUCCGAUCCACUACGACCCUAAUACGACUGUUGUUCUCAUUGUCUUCAAACCACGUGACUUGAAGUGGCUUUGGGAGAUACUGGGUGGUCAGAAAGUAAGUGCUAAAGGCUUUUGGAAGAAACCGGCUCUGAACAUGAUAUACAAAUCUAGUCAAAUCAGGAUUCUUGAUCCCAGCAUCACCAGAAAAACAGCUUAUGAAUGGCUUCGUUUCCCAACAAGGUUUCCCAAGAAGGAGAAACCCAAGCAUCCAACAACGGGGCUAAUUGCCAUUACGCUGGCAUUUCACAUAUGCCAUGAAGUUCACCUGGCAGGCUUCAAGUAUGACUUCACUGACAGAAACAGUUCUUUGCACUACUACGGCAAUGACACAAUGUCUCAAAUGAUGCAGAAUGAAUACCACAACAUCAAUGCUGAACAGAAAUUUUUGAAGAAGCUUAUAGACAAGAACUUUGUGGUCAAUUUGACGUGAGAGCUGAGUGGAACAUAUGAAGAGCAAUCACUAUUUUCAAGAUUUAAAAAAAAUAUAUUUUUUUGUAUGACAUUUUUAUUUUUUAAGUGCAGCAUAACUGUUUACUGUUUAAAAGACACACAGAAACCUCACUAAGGCAGAAUCUUCUUCUAAACCCAUGGGGUAAAAGACUCUAUUGCAAACAGUUAACUGAAUUUCUGUGAAGCUGUCUAAUAAUGGGGAAACCAUGAAACUUUCAUCUGAAGGUAUCAGGGAUAUAUAAAAAUGUGAUGCAUAUCACUUAUUUAUCAGCAAGAACUCUUUACAAACAGUUACUUCUCUGGAAUACUUUUGUUUCUGAUGUUGUCCUCCAAGAGUUACCGUGUCAAAACUAAAAAAAAAACCCACCAGUGUUUAAUUAGUAGAUGGAUGUAAAGUCUUGAAUGUCUCUCCUGUAGUAUGAAAACGGCUGUAAAGCGAUGCCUAUAAGUCCUUACUGUGUGUCUGGGAGAAGGGGGAACACACAGAGUGUGCAGGUUUUGGUCUGCCCUACUCCUGAGGAUGGGUCGUCCCUCUUCAGCAAAGAAGCCACAGAUUUUGCACUGGCCAUCAUCUCUGAACAGCGGUCUGCCUUUGCCAAAGAUGGAAACCCUUCAGCCCCAUUCAUGGACGUGUUCGUAUCGACAGUGUUUGUGGUGUAACCAGUUUAGGGAAAAUCAUACUCCCCACCUUGAACAUCCAGUAAAUUUUGCAGUUUGUGACUUGGAAAAGAGGGCGUAUGAAGACUGAAGAGUUGUCCUAACAGCUUCCCCAAGACUACAGUGGAAAUGUGAGCUGGGAUACAGAUGUUCAUGCCUGAGUUUAAAUUUGGAGCCAAUGCUUGUUGGAUUCCUAGAUCUCUAGGACAGGAUCUUUUGUAUUUCCUGUUUGCUUCCCAAGAAUCAAGGUGUAUUUUUCCAGGCUAGAACAGUCUCCUUUCUCAGAUGCUGUAGUGUGCUUCCACCUUUGAAAUGCAUCAAUUUGAGCAAUGAAUGUUUCUAUUUUUUUAAUAGAGUGUGCUUGGGAAUACCAAGAUGUGCCUCAGCUGAAUUAUCACUUGGCUUCUGUUUACCUGUCCUGUCUUGACAUUUAGGUUUAAAGGAUGUGGCUGAACUAAAUCAUUUAGUGGUUUUUAAUUGAAACAUGUGAUAGGACGUUUGUUUCCUGUACUGGUUUGUCUCAGACAAGCCAGCUGAAUGAGUCAAAUCUGCCUGGAAAUGCCCUUGACAGCUGUCAAAGCAGAACAAGCAAUGCAUUGUUCCAGUUCUCUCAAA